AUGCGGCGGCGCACCGCAGCUGCGGCCUGCGAGGCCCUGGUGUGCUGCCUGGCCUGCCUGGGCGCCGCCGCCGCUGCCGAGGCGCCGGCGCUGGUGCUGCCGUACGGCGCCGACCUGGAAGCUCUGCCCAGGGCGAGCACUGUGCAGGGCGGCAGCGACUGGCCCACGAACAUCAGCAUCACGCUCGUGGAUGCCGAGGCCCAGAUCGAGGGGCCGCCGGGGAGCUCGCCGUCCCUGAGGGCGACCGUCAAGCUGUGGAGGAACGAAGGCACGGGCGACAUCAAUAGCUGCGGCCCGACUGUCAGGGUGCAUCCAGGAGAUGUCUUUCAGGUGGCGCUCCGCAACGAGCUGAGGCCCUCUGUUGGCGGCGAGGAAGAGCUGGAGGGUGAAGACACUCUCAACGAGCUGAGGCUGCCCCAGACCACCAACCUGCACCUGCAUGGCGUGUACAGCGACCCUGGACCGAGCGAGGAGGAGGCUGAGCAUGGCGUGCCAUACAACGGUGGGGACAAUGUGUUCGUGCGUUUGGACCCCGGCGAGCAGCAGACAUACACAUACAGCGUGCCCCCCAACCACAUGCCUGGCCUGUACUGGUGA